UAUAACAUUAUUUAUUUUUUGGCUUUAUUUAUUGUUGAUUUUGGCAAAUCUGCUUCUUUCACUUAGACAUUCAUGUUACACAUUCAGCAAUAAAUGCUAAAGUGAAGACAAGCAUCAAGUCAUCAGGAAGAGCUGAAAUCUGCAAAGACUGAGUUUAUUAAAGAGGACAGAGAGAAGAUGAGAGAUCCAGAACCCUGCAGAAUCAAACACACUGAAGAUACUCGAGAACUAACAGGGUUAACUGAAGAAAAUGAGGAGAAUGAAGAAUCAAGUGAAGUUGAGAAAAAACAUGCUAAAACUGGAGAAAAACCCUCAAGUUGCUCUCAAAACAAAGAGAAAGAUUUAAAGAAAAUAAGAGCCAAGAAAUCUUUCACCUGCACUCAGUGUGGAAAGAGUUUCACACGCAAAACAAGUCUUGAGCGUCACAUGAGAGUUCAUACUGGAGAGAAACCCUUCACAUGUGAUCAGUGUGAGAAGAGUUUCACACAAUCGGUAAGCCUUAAGCAUCACACGAAGAUCCACACUAGAGAGAAACCACACAAGUGUUCACACUGUGACAAGAGAUUCAUUAGGUCAGGAACCCUGAAAAUACAUGAGAGGAUUCACACUGGAGAGAAACCGUACACAUGUGAUCAGUGCGGGAAGAGUUUCACAAUAAAAGGAAACCUUACAGCACAUAUAAAGGUUCAUACUGGAGAGAAACCAUUCACUUGUGAUCAAUGUGGGAAGAGUUUCACAAAAUCAUCAGCCCUUAAAGAACAUAUGAACAUUCACACUAGAGAGAAACUGUACUCAUGUGAUCAAUGCAGCAAAACAUUUUUGUGGGCUUCAGACCUGAAGAAUCACCUGAGAGUUCAUACAAAGGAGAAACCACAUUCAUGUUAUUUGUGUGGAAAGAGUUUUUCAUUUCUGCAAAAUUUGAAAGCACAUCAGAAAAUACAUACUGGUGUGAGAGAGUACAUGUGCUUUGAGUGUGAAAAGACUUUUAGUUCAGCAAAGUGUUUAAAACGGCAUGAGAGGAUUCACUCUGGAGAGAAACCUUACAAGUGUUCACACUGUGACAAGAGAUUCAGUGAUUCAGGAAAUCUGAAAACACAUGAGAGGAUCCACACUGGAGAGAAACCGUAUCACUGCACUGAAUGUGGGAAGCCUUUCAAUCGUUCAUCUGCUCUACACAGACAUAGAAAAAACAAUCACAGUAUGUAGAUCAUCUUCAGAUCCAGCACUUUCAGAUCUGAUGCUGCAAUAAUUCAUCAAGCAAUAAAAUAUCAUCUGGAUAAAUCUGUUCUAACCAGUCGUUAAAAGUGACAUGACAAAGAAACAUUAUCUAAAGUUUUCACAGUGCCUCCCCAAAGAACAAUGUCACAAAGUUUUAUUCUUGUAUGAUAUUUUGCUUUAUGAUAUAAAUUAUAUUAUUGUGUUUUCUUAUGAGUUUCAUGCGAGUUUUAUGAGUUAUGAGUUUUGUGUUCAGUUAUCUUCUACUGCAUGUAUCACUUGUACUGUGAGAUUCAGAUCAACUCAAAAGCUCUAUUCAGACGGUAAAUAUUUCUCCUGACACCUUGAGAUUGAAAUAAAAUGAUAAUGAUGGACUCGUGAAGCAGUAGAAGUUCACAUCAUUUCUGUGAUGUGAAGCUCAAGUAUGAUGUGCCUGCUCUCUCCAAAGUGUUUUUUUCCCUCCAUUUCUGUCUCCGAUUGAGUUUUGGUUCCUCGCUACUGUCACCUUUGUCUUGCUUAUUUGAGGGACAUUUAAUUUCUAACUGAACUGAGCUGGAAGAUAACAUAACUGAAUCAAAAAUGAACUGACCUACACUGGAAAACUGACUGUUCUCUGUUGUCCUCUUGCAUUAUCAGCAACAAGUUUUUUUUCCUGUUUAACACUGUAAAGCUGUUUUGACACAAUCUGUAUUGUAUAAAGUGCUAUAAAUAAAGGUGACUUGACUCGACAAUCUGAUGAUUCACAUUGAUCUGUAACAGUCUGCAAUCGUGAGAGCUCACUAAAUGCUUUUGUGCUGAAUUAUUUUGCAGGGAGGAAGAACUCGCAGCACAGAGAGGAAAUUGUGAUGAUUCCAAUAUUUUAUUUAUUUCUUUUUUUAAUCUCUCAAUCACAGUAUCCAGGUGGUGAAGACAAGAAAAAAUAAAAAAAUACAAUUACAGUUGCAAUCACCACCUGCACUCUCCUCUACAUCUUUGUCACUUGCAGUCAACACAAAUCGUGUGUGUUGCCAAUGGAGACGAGAUGCUGUGGUGGUUCUCUUUCAUAGGUUCACUUAUGCUGCGAUAGUGUUUGCUAUGGGAACACCUCCAGUGUGACGUAUAUCUGAAGCCCUUGUACCAUCACACCAUUUAUUGGGCAGUAGCACCUAGCACCACCCUGAGAAUAAAUCAUGUAUAUGUUCAUAUCAGUGUGUUCAUCAGAUUUCUUCAUCUUAAGGAAGUGGAUUAUCUGUUGCAUUUUGUCAUGUUCUUAGCUACUUUUUAAGAGUAGUUUUCACUCCUCUCAAGCGGACACAAGCUACAGAUAAUGCAUCGAUCUGUGCAACAGGUUUAUUUGUGUCGAUUGCAAGUGAUGUUGCAGGUAGUACAUUGCAAUUUUGUUUAUUUUUUUCAUGUCUUCACCACCUGGCUACUUGUUUAAAAUGUUUUGAGAUUCAGUAAAAAAAAAAAAAAAAAAAAAAAAACUAAAUAAAAGUGACGUCACUUGCAGAAGCACAGGUGUCUGAGAGGGCAAGUGCAUGUCUGCUGCCAGGCCCCAUUGUCCUCUAAAACCACUGGGAAUCCGCAUUGUCAUUACAACAUAUAGAUUUCCAGAAACAACCUUUUCGGCAUGAUGUGCCAUUUUUAAUUUUACUUGUAAACCACUGUGCCAACCCUAACUAAACUCAGCUUCAUUGUUUGUAGAGAGAGACAAUUUACAC